AACGCUCAUUUGUUUCAGUUUCGAUUUUGUACUUCCUCUUUAACGCUUGUCCUUUAGUGGCAAGUUGGGUGUGUUUGUGCAACCAAUUCGAGUUAAAAUACAGAAGAAAGGUGCAAAAAGCUAUACUUUGUAUAAAAAUGUUGCUUUUCAGAUACUCGACGGCCGUCAUCUGCGCCGUGUUCAUCGUCACAGGAGCUGUUUCAGGUCAAGAUGAGAAGAAAGCAGUGUUGGGUGGUACAGUGUCUUUUAGUCCAGCCAAAAUAGAUCCUCCUGUCAACAGCAUUAUAUGGAAACACAGAAACAGUGAAACUGUUGUCAAGGCGAUUGAAUGGGAUGAUGAAGGUUUUAACACCCCGAAUCAGAGAUUCAAACACAUCACGACACUUAAUGAAAAAACUGGAGAAAUCACUAUAACUAAUUUAACUAUCAACCAUACUGGACGUUAUACUAUUGACAUCAACAGUAAAGAGCAGGCACAAUUUUUCAUCUUGACUGUUAUGGAGCGGGUCCGCAAACCUGUGAUAGAAAUAGAGAGGAGCAGUAACCCUGAUGUUGUGUAUUUAAGAUGUGGAUACAAUGAAACUAUGAUCUGGAAGAAUUCUACUGGAGAAACACUGCAGGGCACAAAGAACCAUCUGCUAGGAGAGACCAUCACAGUCAAAAACACAAGAAAUCCAGGCAACUACUACACAUGCACACUCAAGAAUGCUGUGAGUGAGGAAACCAGUGAUCCGGUCUUUGAGAGAGAUCUGUUUGAUGAAUCAAAUGCAGGACAUAUCGUGGGGAUUAUAAUUGGUGUCCUCCUCCUCCUCAUCUUUAUCAUCUUCCUUUGUGUCUAUCUAUUCAUGGAGUCCUUUCACAAGAGUGUUAAUAACUGCUGUCCGUGUAUAGAAAGUGCGUUCGGCCCCCUGGACUGUUGCUUAAAGAUGAGACAGCAAUAUAAUGUAGCACCAUCAGAUAAUAACGGUGCUGAGGAAAAAGGAAACACAGACAAGCUAGAGCUUGGAGAUCAUGAUGUAGAAGUGUCAAACGGUCCCGGGACGAAAGGUGCAGACCAGCCUCUGAAAUCUCCCAGUGAUGCUGAGAAUGUUAAAGGCGUUUAUGCAAAUGAUGAGAUAGAAAAAUAGCAGCUCUACUUCUGUGAAUUGUCUGGUGGAGAAACUUAAACUGCAUAAUGAGGAUUUCGCAUCGUAUCAUCUAUCGCAAGGACAUUCUUUUUAGAAAUGAGCAGUAAAUUUUUUAUGAAUGUGAAAUUAGUUUGUUUUGUUCGCCAAUUGUAAACUUUUCAGUUGAAUUGCUGCACUGUGCAGGGAAUUGGAUUUUUUUUUUCUCCAAACUGUCCACACUGUUUGCAUAUCAUCAGUUAGAUCUGUGUCUAGUUUGUGAUGUUUUUGGCAAUCUGUGUUAUCUGCAUUUGCUUUUUUGCUUGCUUUAGUGAUGAUAUAGUCUUGGCGUGGCAUCUUGACUUAGUAGUGUCUUUCAGAAGCAUGCUGGUGGUAUGACAAGUGCUUACCAAUACUUACCAGCUUCCUUCUUGGACCUGCGAUGACACUGGUGUCCACCAGAAAGAGAAGAAGUGUCAAAAGAAGAGAUGUGCAUUGGCAGUGGUAACUUCAGGCCUGCUUAUCUCAGUGCCUGAUUUGAGAGCAGCAGUCACAGCCAUACUAAUUGAAGGUGGUUGUAUGAAAAAAUCUGAUGUCUGCCAGUGUGAACUAGGGCUGGGCGGUAUGACGGUAUCGUUACUGCGGAAUAAAGUGUCUAUCGUUAGAGAUUUUGCUAUAUCGUGUAUUCCGCGGUAUGCAAAUAUAUCUGCGUAACAGACAGCAUGCGAUCGCGAAAACUGAUCUCUUUCAUGCUUGAAUUAUCAAAUACACACACGAUUAGGGCUGUCAAAAAAAAUUUCGAAUUUCGAAUAUUCGUCGUAUUUAAAA